AUGUCUAUACAGCCACUCGAGCCCGAAACGACCCAAGACCUGAUUCAUGCACCACUGACGACCUUCGAGACGCUCACUCACUCGCUCUUUUCCUCGCUCUCUCAAUCUGGUUUACGUACCCAAACACAGCAACAAGCCCCUCACAUCUCGACAUUUCUCGAGACAGACUUGUACCGAGUCCUGGAGUUGGAUGAAAAGCUGAGAACUGUAUGGUCAAGCCUCGACGAAGCGCAUAAAGAGUUGGGUGGGAUUGUUGAGGAGGGAGAGAAGAGGAUUAAGGAAAUUGAAUUGUCUGCCAAGGGCGCUGUUCCCUACCAACAGCUUCUCAACUAUGCCUCUAUUCUGAGCGGAUUUACAUCUGCACCGCCGACUUCGAAAGGACCUAUCGGACCAGACCAACCAGCCCCACACUGGAUUAAGCCUCCCUUCCCGAACGAAGAGAAAAUGCGUGCUGGGAGGUUGGCCGAACGACCAGCUUUGGAGAGGGUUAAUCCCAAGGAACCUGAAAACCUUCGCUCGCCCUCUGUCGACCCGGUCGAAGCAGCUUUCAAUCCAUACAGACAUGACUAUCAAAGACACCAAGCCCAAAUGCAACAAGAAGCCGACCUGCUGGAUCUGGAUCUCAAUCCGGACCUAUAA